AUGUUCGCAGUCAAGGGCUGGAACGUCGACGCCAGCAACUUGAAGCCACAGACCGCAGUCUUCAAAGCCGCCGCCGACAAUGUCGACUCGAAGAACAAGAAGCGCAAGAGAGAUGGGGAGCACAUGGAGGCCAAGAAAAAGAAGCUGAAGAAGGAGAAGAAGCGCGAGAAACUGGCAGCCACGAAUGCGAACUACGCGCCCAUGGGAGAGUCAAAGUGGAAGCCAAAAGAAGAGGUCGAGGGGAACGAGCCGGGACAGACCACAACAGGUGCACAGGAUGAGAAAGCUCAGCAUGAGGAGAUGGUGGGCGCAGAUGAAAAGCCCGGAAAGAAGAACAAGAGGCGAAAGAAGAAGGACAAACAGCAGACCUCAGAAGAGAAGGCGGACGGCGAGGACACUGCACCGAAGGAUAUUCCGGAGAAGGCCAGCAAGGACAGUGUAUCGGCAGCUCCUCCGGUUGCCCCGCCUCUGCCAAAGGGUGCGAAACUCACCCCCAUGCAGGCUGCGAUGCGACAGAAGCUGGUCUCGGCAAGGUUUCGACAUCUCAAUCAGACACUAUACACCGAGCCGUCUGCUAAAGCCCUGAAUCUUUUCGACCAGAAUCCGGAAAUGUUCGAGGACUAUCACUCUGGCUUCAGACAGCAGGUGGCAGUCUGGCCUGAGAAUCCUGUCGAUAAUUUCAUCGCAACCAUUCGAUCUCGCGGCGAUGCCAAGCUGCCGUCACAGAAAAAGGCUUUCAAGGGCAAGAAUCGCAAGCCUGCUGCACCUGAAGACAGCGGGGAUGGCAAGUCAGCCGCUCUGCCCAGAACGCACGGCACAUGCAUCAUCGCUGAUCUUGGUUGUGGUGAUGCUCGACUGGCACAGACUCUCAAGUCCUCCAACGAUGGCCAAAACCUGCAACUCAAAGUCCUAUCCUACGACCUGCAUUCCCCAUCUCCGUUGGUCACCAAAGCGGACAUCUCCAAUAUCCCAGCAGCAGAUGGUUCCGUCGACGUCGCGAUAUUCUGUCUAGCUCUCAUGGGAACAAACUGGAUCUCCUUCAUCGAAGAAGCUUAUCGUAUCCUCCACUGGAAAGGCGAACUCUGGGUCGCUGAGAUCAAAUCCCGUUUCGGCCGUGUCAGCAAAGCAGGAAAGCCCGUCGAGCACAGCGUGGGCGGGAAGAGGAGACAAGCAGCCAUUAAAAAGGCGCAGGAAGCGAAGAAAUCUGAACAAGAAGAGGUCGACGACCAACAAGCACUCGCAGUAGAAGUCGAUGGAGCAGAGACCAAAAAUCAAGAGACGGACGUCUCAGCUUUCGUGGACGUCCUCAAGAGGAGGGGAUUCCUGCUGAAGAAUGGAGAGAGCAGUAUCGAUCUGAGUAACAAGAUGUUUGUCAAGAUGGAAUUUGUCAAAGCGGCGACGCCUACCAAGGGGAAGAACGAGCCCGAUGAGACCGCAAAACCAGCAGAAAGAUUCAAGAAGUCAAAGGCGAAAUUUUUGGAAGAGGAUGACGACGAUGUGGCUACAGAUGACGAGACUAAGGUUUUGAAGCCGUGUUUGUACAAGAUCCGAUAG